GUCGCCUACAGACUCACUUUACAAUCUUUAGACUUUUAGACAGAAAGACCCAAGGCGUAAGAUUCGAAUUACUCUGGACGUCGUUCUUUUUACUUUGUGGGUAUCAAUCGGUUCCCCUUUUUUAAAACCCGGCGUAUCCAAACCAAAUGGCCCACACGGCGGCCAUCACUGGCCCCUUUGUGCGAGUCACAAGACAAGAAGAACUCGUCAACUUUGCUCAAGUGCUGGCUGGAGCGUUUUCCAAUGAUAGAUUGAGUCGGUAUUUGUAUCUCGGUCGAGAAUCUAGACCCGAUCAUCCGAAAAAUUCCCAACACGACGAGAGAGUGAGGUACUGGUUACCUGCCGUCCAGAGUCGGUUCGAAAAGGAUUCUUUAUUGUUGCAAAGUUUCGAUUGGGCCGCAGUAGCAUUGUGGAUCCCACCUGGAAUUGAAAAACCGAAUCCAUCAGCGACGGCCACAGAAGGGGCUUUUGAAUACAAAACCAAAGUCGACCAAUGUAAAAAGAAACACCUCGGCAAUUCACUGCAUUGGAAUCUCAAUCUCGUGGGAAGAAUGCCGGAUAGAACGGACAAAGGAGCCAUUCGAGCAUUAAUCAGUCCGAUUUUGGAAAAAGCGCGUCAAGAUGGAUUACCGGCAUGGCUCGAAGCCACCAACGAACACGCCAGGGCCGUAUAUACCCAUCUCGGCUUCAAGGAAGUAGAUCGGUUCAGGAUAGGCGAGGGCGUGAUCAAUUCGGAAGGUUGGGCUCAAGAGAAUGGGGAGGGUGUUUUGAUAUACGCCAUGAUUGCUGGUUUAUGAUGUUGAAAAGUAUAUACACACAUACACAUACACAUACACACCAUAAACUCGAGUUGUCUCUGAUAUGCUAUGAUUG